AUGGCCCCCCUUACCAACCAGGACCGCAAUCUCAUUCAACACUGCCUUGACGACGAUUGGAAGGGUCCUGAAGUGGUGAAGCUGUUGCUAGGUGACAAUAGAGGCACGCGGACUGCCAUCUACAACCUGAUCAAGAGAUGGAAGGAUACUGGCACCGUGAUUCCUGCGAAAGGUGGACGGCCGCGCGUGAUUACGCCUGCUAUAAGGGACUUCUUGGAGGGUGUAUUAGCGGAGCGAAGCACAUACUGGUGUGAUGAGCUGUAG